UCAGUGGAAGCUGCUCAAUUGGCUUCACAGUUUCGCGAAAAGGGAUUCAAAACCUUGAAGCUUAAGGUGGGUACGAAGUUGAAAGGAGACAUCAAAGUGCUUCAAGCAAUAGGCGCUCCUGUUGGAAACGUGUAUCGGCUCUAUGAAAAUAUAUCUUAUAACUUUAUAUAGUUUAAGCAGACAACCAUAUAUAUAAUAGCUACAGCUUCUUUUCUUUCUAACAAGCUACAACCUUUCUCUUUUCUCACAGAGAGCUUCAGCUAUUUUUUUUCACUCCACAACUGCUGUUGUAGUUUUUCUCAGUGUGUUCUAAUUCAUAUGCACAGCCGCUAGUACUUUUAUAUGUUGCAAGUACACUAGUCUACGUCACCCCUUACAUAAUCCAUAUUGAUUAUGAUCCUACAUAUAAGACUUCAAAUCAGCCAGCCUUGCUUCUUCUAGUUUUUCUACACAGCCCCUUAUUAUAUGCUGGAAUCCAUUUAAGAACCUAGUUGUUUGUACUGAUUGCAUAAACUCCAGAAGGUUUGACUAUCAUUAAUAUUAUCCUCCUACAUCUCUUAUCUGCAUGUAUCAUAUAUAGUUUAACUUUCCCAUACACAAUUGCUGAUUUAAUCUUACUAGCUGUUUUAUUUGACCAGAUUGUUGCUUCCAUUAACUUUGUCUCCUGGCAAUUAUCUCCAACCCAACAUAUAUUCCGGAGUCAUUUAUUCAAUCAAGACAUCAGCCCUUCUAUAUGCCAUCUAUCCAUGGAACAUGUGGUUGUGAUAACACUAGCUGCAUAUAAGCAUAUAAUUAUAUCGUCUCCUGAGAGUUUGAAACUCUAACACUCCCCGUCAAACUCGACUUUGUAUUCCCAGCUUCUUUUGCAUUUUUUGAAAUAUAUGCCACCUUACCAGCUUCAUGAUAAUAUUUGUCAGGCCAUAUAAAAAUUUUGUAUCUCUUCUUGUAGAAUCUAAAAAUUUUACCACGACCAAUGAUCGAUGGCCUUCAUUCUUUUGGCGUCUCAAAAACAGUUUCUUUCCACAUUCACGUCUACCUCGAUAACCACCUUUUCUACAUAGAAAGCCACUUCUCCUUGAAUUGUAAUGUCUGGAAACCUUACUCUCUAGUAUUUCAUCCUAUUAAUUCUUAUCAUUGUAUCGAGUCAUUCGUUGCUUGUGGACUUGAAAAGAAUCUACAAGCUCAUCACUUGAAAUUCUGGAAGAGCACUCCUUUGACUUCUCUGUAGAUGUAACGACAUAACCAAAUUUUCUUGUUAAUAUAUUAAGAAGAUUUUCUUUUAUUCAAUCACUAUCGAGUCUUUCGUCAUUUCUUUUCAUAUCUUUUGCUCCCAUUUUCAAAUGCAUAACAUUUUCGCCAAUAUUUUCUGAGCUUCUUCUUUCGAAAUUCUUGAAUUCAUCAUGCAGUACCUGAAGCGGUUCCUCUUUUUCUUUGUCGACUCCUUGGAAUGAUUUAUGCAGCUAAAAUCUCCCAUGCUUCUUUUGCCUUCUUUACAUGUGCAAUAUUAUCAAAGGUGGAUUCGUCAACACCUUGAUAAAUCAUGAAACAUGCCUUGUUGUUUUUGCUCCUGCACCCUUUUAACGCUGUCUUCUCGGCAUCAGCUGAUGUGGGAUCAUUAUACCUGCUUUCGUCAAUAUCCCAAAUAUCAUACACACCGAGUAAUUCCUUCAUUUGGAUACUCCAGGCUUCAUAAUUUGUGCCCGUCAACAAUGGAACUUGGGCUUCCAUGAAACUUGCCAUUCUCUUUUCUCGAACAAAACCUUGGCUCUCUGAUGCCACUUGUUGCAAACGUGCUACGCCCACCCUGAUUGCGUGAUUAUCAUAGAUGCUAAUGAAGGUUACACCUCUACUGAAGCUAUUCAGGUUCUUGAGAUAUAUACAUGCCAGUUCACAAGGAUGACUGGGAAGGUCUUGGUCGGGUUACUCAGAUUGCAAAAGAAAAGUAUGGGGUAUCUGUUGCCGCUGAUGAAAAUUGUCGGGGUUUUGCUGAUGUAAAGAAGAUAGUUGAAGAAAAUCUAGCAGAUAUCAUUAACAUCAAGCUCGCCAAACUAGGGGUAGUAGGCGCCCAUGAAAUAAUUGAGUUGGCACAUGCAUCUGGCCUGCAUUUGAUGAUUAGUGGAAUGGUUGAGACUAGAAUUUCCAUGGGCUUUGCUAGUCUUCUUGCUGCAGGGCUUGGGUGUUUUAAAUUCAUUGACCUGGAUGCACCAAAUCAUCUAUCAGAAGAUCCAGUUGUCGAGGGCUGUGAAGUUUAUGGUCCUGUGUACAAGUUUCCAAAUGCCAGAGGCAGCCCGUGUUUUCUUGAUUGGGACAAUAUUUUGUAGUUACCUAGAGGGAGGAUCAAGGACAAAUUCAAGUGCAAUUGGUGGUUGGAGGCUGAAGAAAUCGAGCGAAGGAGCGAAGGAAGGGGCGAGCAGGCGCUGCCCAAUGGCACGGGGCUGCCUAAGUGGCGCGCCCACGCCACUAUAUGGAGCGCAUAUAGUGUUUGCAUUCAUGCAUUGCAUUAGUAGUGUUUGUGUGUCUAUGCUUGAGGACAAGCAUCGGUUUAAGUUUGGGGGUGUGAUAAGUGGAUUUUAUAUCCACUUGGAAGCCUUCGUUUUACUUAAAUUGAUGAUUUGGCCUCAAGCUUGUGGUGUUUUUGAUAUGUUUUUGUGUUGAUGUGUGUAAGGUAUCUAGAGGGAGGAUCAUGGACGUUUCCAAGUGCAAAUGGUGGGACGAGCAGGCGCUGCCCAAUGGCACGGGGCUGCCUAGUGGCGCGGGCGCGCCACUAGGUGGCGCACCCACGCCGCCUUGAUGGAGAAAAAACCCGUUUUGGUCCGUUUCAGAGUGUUUUGCUGACCCGGUUGCUAGGGCACAUAAAGUACAACUCAAGGGAGGAAAAAAAGGACCAAGAAGCAAGUCAGAGAGCACGUGACGGCUAUGGAGAAGAUCUAGUGUCAUAGUUUUUUCUUUUGUAAUUCUUCGAAGUAGGCGUAACUUUGGAUGCUUGUUUCGGAUUUCUUUCGCAACUUUAAUUCUCGUAAUUUGAUAUUGUUUAGACAUAUUAUUAUCAUGUUUACAUUCGAAGCCAUGAUGACGAGAAGUUCGAUUAUGAACUAAUCGUUGUCAUGGGAUUCUAGCGGAUUUAUCUAUGAAUUUCAGUAGUUAAUUUGCCUUAACUAUUUAUGUGAUGAAUAUUUGAUUUCCUUA